CAAGCGCACUGAGCAAGCACUUACAAGCCCAACUCCCGGCUGCGGCAUGCAGUUUCAGGGGUUCGGCAACUCGGGCUGCAGUGGCUGUGGAUGCAACGGUGCGUCGUUUCAGCCUGGCAGCCCAGCGGCAGCGCAGUCCGCGGCACCGUCGCCACUUCUGAAGAUCAGGGCUGGCAUUGAGGCUGGCAAUCAUGCAGAGGUUCUGGCGGCUGUGCGAGAGGCAGACCAGCAAGGGGUUGCUCUCGCUCCAAAUGUCAGAGACAUGAUCACCCAGUGGCUCUCGGUGAAUGCACCCAAGAAGCCUGAGCAGCCCCCACCUCCAGAGCCCGCCCCUGCUCCUCCUCCAGGACCUGAAGCACCGGAGCCCAAUGCUCCGACUUCGGCGGAGAAGCUCCGCAAUGCACUGCUCAGGUUCUUCGAGCUCGCUCCGAAGGCAAGUGAUGCAGCCGCUGGCUUGGGGAUCAUCGAGGGCAAAGAGGGUAACCGGUACUUGCCCCUCCCGGUGCUUGGCAGGGCCGUGGGGAUCACAGGCGAGGACUUCGAGGUGGCGAUGAAGGCCUGGACAGUGGUCAACGAGACACCAGCGGGCAUCUUCAUGCUGACAGAGGAUGCCAGAGCAGUGGGCCUCGUUGAGUGGGCAGGUUGGGAGGAAUUCUCAAGUUCUUUGGACGUCAUCGUCAAUGGCACACGUGAUCCUGCGUUUGAGCCCAGGUCCAUCCAGGGACAUGUUGCCCGAGCGGCUCGAGGUGCAGUCCGCUCGGGACCACUUCGACAGCCGGAUGUGUUGCGGCGACUGCAGGAACUUUCCUCCGAGAACCUUCCUGAGGAUGCUGCACCUGCGCUCAGAAGUGCCAUUCAGCGCAGAGCAAGACUUGCCUUGGCGUGUUUGGUGGAUGCAAUCGCUUCUCAAGGACUUGGACCGCAGGCCGGCCUUGACUCUAUGGGGCUUGUGGGACAACUGCCAAGGACACUUUUCGGGAUCAUUUUCGACAACAUUGAUGAUCGAGAUCGUGGAGCCUGUGCCUUCUUGGGGGAGAUUCUUCAAUCCUGGGACCGACGGCGGUGCUUCUCAAAGAAGUGGCUCCAGGAUGCUGCUGGGAAGUUCUCCAUGCCCAAGGGACCCAACUCUGAGAGGGACGAACGUCGUGGCUGGUAUGCUUUGACCUCGGAGAAUUUGCACAGAAAGCCUGCAGAAGAGGAACAAGCUGCAUCUGCUCAAGGCCAGGCAUUCCUGAGCACAGAUGAUACACACCGAGCUCAGGCUGGUGAGAAAAAGGCAGAGGCUCCAAAGAAGGACUCAAAAAGAAAAGAGACUUCAACAAGGGCUCGCAGCCGUAGCCCAAGAAGUCAAAAGAGAAGUCCACGGAAGAGUCCGAAGAGAAGCCCGAGGAAAAGUCUGAAGAGAAGUCCAAAAAGAAGCCCGAAGAAAAGCCCAAGGAGAAGUCCACCACGCGAAAAGGAGCACAAAGAAAGAGACAAGGAAAGCAAAGAUGGCAAGGAGAUCAAAGAGAGAGAUGGCAAAGAGAGCAAAGAGAUUGCUGACAAGGCGGCAACCCAGUCGCCGCCAGAUCCAGCAGGCGCCGGCGAAGCUGGAUCACAGGAUGAUGCAAAGAAGAAACGAAAGAUAUUGCAGCAUGAUGAUGACGAUGAUGAGACUGUUGCGCAGCGGCUGGAGGAGAGUCGCCGCCGGCGGGCAGCGCUGAUGGCAAAGUACAAAGAAGGAAAGGAGUGAAUAGUUGAGAAGCUUAGUCUCGAAGAGAUGACCGGCUGG